AAAAAAAAAUCACUUCCGCCGCUUUGCAUGUGCAUUUCCUCAGUCGUCCGCUGUUCUGGUUGAGAAGGCCAAAUAGCGAGUGUCCGUACACUUCAUUGAGAUGUCUGCGGCAUUACGUGCGGUCUACACCGUAUCCAGGCCAGGGUCAUUUCUGGCCAGUCAAAAUGUUGUACGUCCUCUCAGCCUAUCCGCACACAGAGCAGGGAUUAAGUAUGUCAAUAAUCAGGAGGAAGCCACAGAUAUGAAGUCCAUCACGGACCGUGCAGCUCAGACCCUUUUGUGGACAGAGUUGUUCAGAGGUUUGGGAAUGACCAUGAGCUAUCUUUUCCGCGAACCUGCCACAAUCAACUAUCCGUUCGAGAAGGGCCCUCUGUCGCCCCGCUUCCGCGGUGAACAUGCGCUGCGCAGGUACCCCUCUGGAGAGGAACGGUGCAUUGCAUGUAAACUUUGUGAGGCCAUUUGCCCAGCCCAGGCUAUCACAAUUGAGGCUGAACCUCGUGCUGAUGGCAGCAGGAGAACAACGCGUUAUGACAUAGACAUGACCAAAUGCAUCUACUGUGGCUUUUGCCAGGAGGCCUGUCCUGUUGAUGCUAUAGUCGAGGGUCCCAACUUUGAGUUCUCCACAGAAACUCAUGAGGAACUGCUUUAUAACAAGGAGAAACUCCUCAACAAUGGAGACAAGUGGGAGGCUGAGAUCGCUGCCAACAUCCAAGCUGACUAUCUCUACAGAUAAAUAAAUGUCAUGGACUGUCUCAUCUCAACAAAGUGACAACAUAUUCUUCACCAUGCUCUUUUACCAGUAAUCACAGUGUCAAUUGCAUAUGGAAGAUUUGGUUUUAGACAGUUACUGUUGUGCCGAGUACACAUUUUCAAGUCCCAGGGACUGACUUUUUUGUGGAGAUGCAUAUAAUUUUUGAUUUCUUUCAGGUUGAGCAUACAUAUAGAUGCUCAGGUCUAAAAUUAAGUUCACACGUUAAUGUCCAUAAACUACAGAAACCUUAAAGUGGUGCCUCACAUUGAAACAUUUCUACAUCUAAAGCUGUCAUUUUGACUUUUCAAGAGCAUCACUGUCACAGCAAUUGUUGAGGUAUGUUGUGUAAUAAACAGUGUCUAAUGGCAGGAUGAAAACUAUCAAGAAUGACGCACUAUUUUGAGGCCAAUGUUACAUUCUCAUUUUGAGGCAGUCGAUCCAUCCUUCCCAUUUCUUCCUUCUUCCUUUCGUAUUAUGACCAUCAGUGGAUUUAAAUGAAGAAAGUUGUAACAAACAGAAGCACUUCGACAAGUGUGUUGAAUUGAUCACACAUUAUAUCCUUACAGGUAAAAACAUUUUAUUUGUCCUUGUGAGAACUGUACAAAGACUUGUGGACCGUAUAUAAUAAAUUAAUGCUCUGUCCAAAUCUU